UAUUGAAUUGGCUGCCAAAUGUUGGCUUAACAAUGACAGCACUGGAGUUGACAUGAGCACAAACCAAUCUGGGACCAGGGUAUGUUUGGUGUGAAACAUUUUCAUGAAACCUUUUAGAUGGGUGCAGAUGUAGGAGAGAAUAAAGUUAUUUUUAUACUAUUGGGAUGCACACAUAGAAAGUCUCUUCGUCUCCCAAGACCAUCGAGGUUACCAUCGGUAGCCUAAUUCGCUCUAAACAGGCAUUUAAACCCAUCAGACUUCCCGGCACUUGGUUUGGGCGUUGUAGCACAACCCCGUGACUGUUUCUCUCCCAAAUUACUGGGUGAUUUCUGUUCAUCCAUCCACCUCCCUCUUGCCCUUAUACGUUGACUGUCAACAAACGAGCGAGCGUGCCGGUGUGACGCGGAUAGAGCCCGCGUGCGGUGGCGUGCACUGUUGAACCCAACCUGCUGAUUUAAAAGAAACAGGGACAGCAAAUACUGCGCACCUACACGGGGGAGAUACGACUAACUGUGGCGAGGAUGGCGUCACGUAGCCUGGGGCUGCAUGUAGCUCGCAAACAGGACGCUGCCAGAAGCGGAGCUGUGGAGAGGAGAAAUCUACUCACUGUCUGCAGGUUUUCAGUGAAGACGUUGAUUGACCGCUCCUGUUUAGACACGAUAGACGACUCAUCUCCAGAGUUCACCAACUUCGUCUCCAUCCUGGAACAGAUCCUCAGUCACAGACUCAAAGGUCAGACUACGUGGUUUGGUUAUGAGACUCAUCGUAGUUUCUGGGACUAUGUGAAAGCAGCCUGCAGUAAAGUCUCUCACAGCUGCAUCCACAGCAUUGAGACCAUGGAGAAUGUACGCUCCUCCAGAGCUAAGGGUCGGGCGUGGAUCAGACUGGUGCUGAUGGAGAAGAGGCUGUCUGAGUACAUCUCCUCCGCCCUGAGGGACUUCAAAACCACCAGGAGAUGGUAUGAGGAUGGGGCCAUCAUGCUAGAUGAGGAGGCGGGGCUGCUAGCAGAUACACUCAUCGGUCUCAACACCAUUGACUUCAGCUUCUGUCUGAAAGGGGAGGGGCUGAAUGGAAGCUGCCCAGCGGUGAUUGACUAUACGCCCUAUCUGAAGUCGAUUCAGAGAGAAAACAGCAUCAGCAGUGAUGAGGAGUUGAGGACCCUGGGGAGCAGCGGCAGCGAGAAGAACACCCCUGAAAAGAUGGCCGCCAGCACUGCGGAGACCAUCUUAACUGAGCAGAGCAGCUGGGUCUGCAGGUGUAAACGACUCGAGCAGAAAUACCGCAUGGCACUGGAACAGAAGUGUUAUCUGGAAGAGAUGGUUCGUCUGAGAGAGGCCCAGCUGUCUCAAGUGAUUCCUCAGAACAAAGCUCUUCAGCAGAGACUAACAGACACACACCUCUCACACACACUGGAGAAGGAACAGCUGGAAUACAUCGUACUGGAGCUCCAGGACCAACUGACGGUGCUGAAGAACCAUGACUUGAGGUCCAGACAAGAACUGACCACACAUCUGACCAAUCAGUGGCCUUCGCCCAGUGCCAUGGAUACCAAUGCUGUUGCCUUGGAUACCAUGCUAUACAGGAAUAGGGAAGAGUUUCCAGAGUCUAGAGCAGCUGUCCCAGACCUCUCUGGAGCCCUCACACACACUCAACCUGGACACUAGACCAGCCAGCUCACACUGGCACCACCAUGAGAAGGAGGACACCCCCUCUCUGAUAGGUCUGUGUGGGUCUCUGCAGUCAGUAGCCAGCAAUAAGUCACUGGCCAGCCUGAAGUCCAGUGAGUGUCUAGCCAGCCCCACCACAGAGAUGACCAGUCCUGACCUCACCCCGUCCUAGAACCAGAGACCAAGAGACCCAGCACAUGGUUUGGAGAAAGGGAGCCAGAUGAUUUGGAUCCUGGAAUUGGAACUCAGCCUUUUUGAAUAACAUUCCACCCCAUCCCCUCCUCAACCCAGAGAUCUAACCUCGUCCCCAGGCUCAAUUGAUAGAUUACCAGAGAUGCAACACAGGUUGUAGAAUCAGACAACUGUGCAGAGAUUUAUUUAUUGGAAUUUCUAUGACUAAAUCACAUGGAAUCUGGAUCCAGGAACUCCGAGUUUUAAAGAAAUAUUGAAGAAGGAACUCAUAGCUCAAAACAUGAGAGCCGCAGUCAAUCAUUUGGAAUUUACAACUCGAACUGACCCUGGAACCAGCGCUUCAGUAGUCAGUCCUUCAAUGUAAGCGCAGAGCCGUUGGAAAAACCAGGACUGUAUUGACCAGGACCGACCUCAUGUUUAUUUAUUAGUUUGUUGUAUAUCUGCACGAUGGGAAAACAACUGCAUAUUUGAAAGCCAGUUCCGGGUAGGCAUACUGUUGUCACCUAUCUUAUGUGUUCAGAUCACUGCAGACCAAGGAGAAUACCACUUGACACUAUUGGGAUGCAGCCCUUUUGUUGUCACUUAAAGUGGAGGUCUUUCCCCUGGCCAGCAGGGGGAGUGUUAUCACAAGAUGUCUAGAACCACAAAUGGUGAUGUGUUUUAAAAGUAUCUUUGACCUCUGACCUCUUCAAUUUGAUGGACUCCUCAUGAUGUAAACAUGCUCAGCGUCCCAGAGAUUGACACAACCUGAGGAAUUGCUUUCUUUAGGCUUUGUUUAGGGAGGGGUAAGGAGUGUUGAAGGUUAGGGUUUCUUGUUUCUCAACAGUGUUAAAGCCUGUAGACUAGUGGUUCUGUUCAUGCCUCAUCAACUUGCAGGUGUUGGCCUGUUACCCUGGCAACUUAAGUGAGCUCUACUAUAGAUGGCCAUGGUGGGUCAGACACAGCCGGCCAAAGAAAUACAUCUCAAAGAACGGACAUAUUUAGGUAUUGUAUUCCUGCCAGAGGACUGGACUAUCCUCAUUAUUUAUAAGUCUUUAGUGUAAUCAUCCUUCCAUGUUGGAAGGGCCUUGAAAUUGCUUUUAUUGCUUUUAUGUCUUCAGUUUCUACGGUUAAUCCUCUGUGGUAUCUGACUUGCAGCCAUAAUCAUAUUAUUGAUGGCAUUGAAUGUAUCUCAUUAACUAUCAAAAUAAAGUCGCACACUCCAUAUAUAAACUCCCAGUAAUUUAUUGGGUAUUUACCAACGUUUUGGCAUCACUGUGCCUUCUUCAGGGUAGGCACGUAGGUAUUUACCAACGUUUCGGCAUCACUGUGCCUUCUUCAGGGUAGGCACGUAGGUAUUUACCAACGUUUCGGCAUCACUGUGCCUUCUUCAGGGUAGGCACGUAGGUAUUUACCAACGUUUCGGCAUCACUGUGCCUUCUUCAGGGUAGGCACGUAGGUAUUUACCAACGUUUCGGCAUCACUGUGCCUUCUUCAGGCACAGUGAUGGCGACACAUUGGUAAAUACCCAAUAAAUGACUGGGAGUUUAUAUAUGUAGUGUGAGACUUUAUUUUGAUAGUUUAUUUGCCAUUAGUCAGCACCUCCUCACAAACACAUUUUUCUGGGUGUGUGCCAGCGAAUGUUUAUUUAUUAUUUAAAAAAAUUAUUGAAUAUCUCAUCCACAAUCCGUUUUGGAUUUAACUACAGUAUUAUGUUGUCUUUAUGCGUCAAAGGGUUUGUGUUCUCAGGAAAUGUUUUCUGUUCAACAAGGUUAGGUUGAACAGUUUGGUUAGGUUGAACAGUUUGGUUAGGUUGAACAGUUUGGUUAGGUUGAACAGUUUGGUUAGGUUGAACAGUUUGGUUAGGUUGAACAGUUUGGUUAGGUUGAACAGUUUGGUUAGGUUGAACAGUUUGGUUAGGUUGAACAGUUUGGUUAGGUUGAACAGUUUGGUUAGGUUGAACAUAAGUCUGUAUUGGGGUUACAUGUUCUGUGUCUGACUGCUUUGAGAUUUAUUUUGAUCAGAGACAUGUGAGGAAAGUGUUCAGGGUGUGUUCUGUGUCUGUCACACACACAGUUAAUUGUAUUGCGAUAUUGCACAUUGAUUUAUUACUUCGAUUAAUUUAUUUUCUCCUAUUUUGAAUAAACUACUGUACUAAA